AUGGAAAAGAAAUUCCUGGAUCUCAUAUUAGUCCCUAGUGGCCUCCUUGUGAUGUUGGCAUAUCAUUUCUGGCUCCUCCACCGAAUCAAGAAACACCCCACCAAAACAGUCAUUGGUGUCAAUGCAAUCAAUCGCCGUUUCUGGGUCCAGGCCAUGAUGGAGGAUGUAUCGAAGAAUGGGGUUCUAGCAGUGCAAUCACUGAGGAACAACAUAAUGGCAUCGACCCUUCUGGCUUCCACAGCCAUAAUGUUGAGUUCGCUCAUUGCUGUGUUGAUGACCAGUGGCAACGAAAGGAAAACCGUGGUGUCUGAGGUUUUUGGGGACAGGAGUGACCUUGGUCUGUCCAUAAAGUUCUUCUCCAUAUUGGUGUGCUUCUUGUUGGCAUUUUUGCUGAAUGUGCAGUCCAUAAGGUACUAUAGCCAUGCAAGUAUCCUAAUCAACGUGCCCUUCAAGAAAGUGUCCACAAACCUUAGGCACCAAAUGCUCACAGCUGAGUAUGUUGCCACCACAGUGAACCGAGGCAGCUACUUCUGGUCCCUUGGCUUGCGUGCCUUCUACUUCUCUUUCCCUCUCUUCAUGUGGCUCUUUGGACCAAUUCCAGUCUUCUUCUCUUCCUUUUCCCUUGUUUUCAUGCUCUACUUCUUGGAUGUUACAUAUGAGUCUGGAUUUGCUGGGGUUUCUGACACUGACAAUGCUGAAGUUGUUGAACUGAACAAACACCCUGUGGAUGUGGAAAUUGGAAGGGAUAAUUAG